AUGAUCCAAGAUAGCUUAAAAGUAGCUUCUGAUCUUCAGAAAUCUUAUGCGGAUCUUAAACAUAAAGAUAUAAAGUUUCAAGUUUAUGACAAAGUAUUUUUGAAAGUUUCACCCCGGAAGAAAGUUCUCCGGUUCGGUCGUAAAGGAAAAUCGAGUCCGCGAUUUAUCGGGCCAUAUGAGAUUAUUGAGAGAAUCAAACCUAUUGCGUAUCGAUUAGCUUUACCGUUAGAACUAGAAAAGAUUCACAAUGACUUUCAUGUGUCUAUAUUACGAUGGUACCGAUCUGACCCUUCACAUGUUAUUUCCCUGACGGGUGUCGAGAUUCAGCCUGACAUGACAUACUGUGAAGAACCGAUUAGAAUUCUGGCACGAGAGGUGAAAGAGUUAAGAGAUAAAAAUGUAGCUCUAGCAAAAGUUCUCUGGCAACGACAUGGAAUAGAAGAAGCUACCUGGCAACCUGAGGAAACUAUGAGAAGGCAAUACCCGAACCGCUUUAUAGGUAAGAUUUCAAGGACGAAAAUUCCUUAUAUAGGCAAAACCCUGACGAAUCCUCCGAACCACGACCCUUCAACUGAUAUAAAAGUUGGAAAAAAAUAG